CCCCUCCAGCCUGCAGUUAUCAUCAAUCAUCCAUCAUUUCCGAGUUACCAAUAUCAAUUGUUGAAGUGUUAUUAAUAGGUACUCUCCAAGUUUUAAUUUUCAAGUCGGAACCCACAAAGAGCCCUCGUGCUUGUUGAAGUCCGACCAUAAUUGGCUCCUAUAAUACCCUGCGGCUGUCUUGCAUAUAAAUUGCACUCGGCCCACGGACUUUCCAUCCUUCUUUUGCUUAGGUCCUUCCACGCUAACUCACUAAGGAACUUGUUUAACUAACUAACCUACUAAACUUACUAACUUAUCUCUCACCAAGCCCCGGGGUUUCUGGCCACUUGGCGUUCAUGUCUUGAUCUGGGUUAUAUCCCCGAUCUCUUUCCUCAUCCCCAAGUCCCUUCACCUCUUUUCUUCCUCUUUUCUCCUCCAUCCUCCCUUCUUCCCCCCUCCCCUUCCCCUCCUUGCUCCCACUCCUGGUCACCCUCGCAAAUAAUUGGGGGGCUUGCCCGACAUGGAGCAAUCGUACCUUUACUCCCCAGCGGACGUGCUGGAUCAUUUUAGUGUCACAGAGAGCUCUGGUCUGUCGCAGGAUCAGGUUUUGGAAGCUAGACAGAAACAUGGCCCCAACGCUCUUGCGGAAGAACCACCAACGCCCCUUUGGCAGCUUGUUGCCGAACAAUUCAAAGACCAGUUGGUUCUUAUCCUUCUGGGCUCGGCUACCCUAUCUUUCAUCUUGGCUCUUUUUGAAGAAGGCGACGACUGGUCUGCCUUCGUCGACCCUGUCGUGAUCUUGACCAUUCUGAUUCUCAACGCCGUGGUUGGUGUUACCCAAGAAAGCAACGCGGAAAAAGCCAUUGCUGCUCUCCAGGAAUAUUCUGCCAAUGAAGCCACAGUCGUGCGUGACGGCAAAACCCAGCGCGUCAAAGCGGAAGAUUUAGUUCCCGGAGAUAUUGUCCACGUCGCCGUUGGAGACCGUGUACCCGCAGACUGCAGACUGCUGGCUAUUCAUAGCAACAGCUUUCGUGUGGACCAGGCUAUCCUCACCGGCGAAAGCGAAAGCGUUGCCAAAGAUGCUCGCACCAUUCAGGACAAGCAAGCGGUUAAGCAAGAUCAAGUCAACAUGCUUUUCUCGGGUACGACUGUUGUCAACGGACAUGCUACAGCUAUUGUCGUUUUGACGGGUGGAUCGACGGCUAUUGGUGAUAUUCAUGAGAGCAUCACCUCUCAAAUCUCGGAACCGACUCCUUUAAAGCAAAAGCUAGAUGAUUUUGGUGACAUGCUUGCCAAGGUGAUUACUGUCAUUUGUGUCCUGGUCUGGGUCAUCAACAUUGAGCACUUCAACGAACCUUCCCACGGUGGCUGGACCAAGGGAGCCAUCUACUACUUGAAGAUUGCGGUGUCUCUGGGUGUGGCAGCUAUUCCAGAAGGUCUGGCAGUCGUUAUUACCACAUGUUUGGCUCUUGGUACGCGCAAGAUGGCUCAGAAGAAUGCGGUCGUUCGCUCACUUCCGUCGGUCGAAACACUCGGUAGCUGCAGUGUGAUCUGCUCCGACAAGACUGGCACUCUGACUACCAACCAAAUGAGCGCAGAGAAAAUCAUCUUUCUGAAUGAGACAGGCCACGGCGUCGAGGAAAUCAAUGUCGAAGGUACGACUUUCGCUCCUGAAGGUAAAAUUUCUCAUCAGGGCAAGGUAUUGCAAGACUCUGCUGUUUCUUCGUCUACCAUCCGGCAGAUGGCAGAGAUCAUGGCUCGCUGCAAUAGCGCAACACUCGCUUAUGAUGCUAAAACUGGCGCAUUUUCCUGCAUUGGUGAGCCCACUGAAGGUGCUCUACGCGUUCUGGUCGAGAAAAUCGGCACUGAGGAUUCUGCUACCAACGCUAAGUUGCUUCGUCUUCCUGCUUCCCAAAGGCUUCAUGCCGUUAGUGCUCAUUACGAAACUCGCUUGUCCCUCAAGGCGACGUAUGAAUUCUCUCGUGAUCGGAAGAGUAUGUCGGUUCUCGUUGACACUGGGAAAGAGGAGAAGCUCCUUGUUAAGGGCGCACCGGAGUCCAUUUUGGAGCGCUGCUCUCAUGUCGUUGUCGGUGCUGAUGGGCGACGCGUUCUACUGACAAAGGAUUACCUGGACCACUUAUCUGAAGAACUAGUUGGAUACGGCAAUCGUGGCCUGCGUGUGAUCGCGUUGGCUAGCCUAAACAUUAUUGGCACCAAUCCUCUCUUGCACAGUGCCAAAACUACUGAAGACUAUGCGCAAUUGGAACAGAACAUGACUCUCAUCGGCUUCGUCGCGAUGCUGGACCCUCCACGAGUGGAGGUUGCUGCCUCGAUUCGGAAGUGCAAGCAGGCUGGCAUUCGUGUGAUCGUCAUUACUGGUGACAAUCGCCAUACUGCUGAGUCUGUGUGCCGCCAAAUCGGUGUCUUUAAGGAGGAUGAAGAUUUGAAGGGUAAAAGCUUCACCGGAAGAGAAUUUGACAGCCUUUCUUACAACGAAAAACUUGAAGCUGUCAAGAAUGCGUCUCUCUUUUCACGUACGGAGCCUAGCCACAAGUCCAAGCUUGUCGAUCUGUUGCAAUCUCUGGGUCACGUUGUUGCGAUGACUGGAGACGGCGUCAACGACGCUCCUGCUUUGAAGAAAUCGGACAUUGGCGUCGCCAUGGGUACGGGCACGGACGUUGCUAAGCUUGCUGCUGAUAUGGUGCUCGCUGACGACAACUUCGCGACUAUCACCGUAGCUGUUGAAGAAGGUCGUUCGAUAUACAGCAACACGCAGCAAUUUAUCCGGUAUCUUAUCUCAUCAAACAUCGGUGAAGUCGUGUCUAUCUUUCUGACUGCAGCCCUGGGCAUGCCGGAGGCUCUCAUUCCCGUGCAGCUUCUGUGGGUGAACUUGGUUACCGAUGGGCUGCCAGCUACGGCUUUAUCCUUCAACCCUCCUGAUCAUGAUGUUAUGAGACGCGCCCCUCGAAAGCGUGAUGAACCCUUGGUUGGCGGCUGGCUUCUUUUCAGGUAUAUGGUCAUUGGCACCUAUGUGGGUGCCGCUACUGUGUUUGGCUACGUCUGGUGGUUUGUCUACAACCCUGAAGGACCUCAGAUCUCGUUCUGGCAGUUGUCUCAUUUCCACAAGUGCUCAUCCCAGUUCCCCGAAGUCGGUUGUGAGAUGUUUACCAAUGAUAUGUCGCGCUCCGCAUCGACUGUGUCGCUUUCGAUCCUCGUCGUGAUUGAAAUGCUGAACGCCAUGAACGCCCUCUCCUCAAGCGAAUCACUCUUCACCUUCGGCCUGUCGAACAACCCGAUGCUGGUCUAUGCGAUCAUCCUCUCCAUGUCGUUACACUUUGCCAUUCUUUAUGUCCCCUUCCUGCAGGGUCUGUUCUUUAUCCUGCCCUUAGAUUGGAUUGAGUGGCGGGCGGUCUUGGCUAUCAGUGCUCCUGUUGUUUUCAUCGACGAGGUUCUCAAGGUGAUGGAGCGCCGCCUAUACAACAACAUCCCUGCAGCCGCACCUGCAGAACAAAAUGGCAAGCCCAAAAGGGCGUGAUUGGAUGGGCGAUGAAAUGAUGAUCGAGAUGCCAGUGGUCGCCAUUGACGAUAUAUAGAUUUCAUGUCCUUCCAAUUCCUUCGUGGUUGUGAUUCUGCCAUAAACAGUGGGUAGCAUUUUACGUGAAACUUUGGAUGGUUUGGGACGUAUAAAGAAGAGGGAAACAAGCAGAUAUCUACAGCCACGAGCGCAACGGAGUUUCAUUUCAUAAAUGAUGCGGACACUGUACUUAGACUUUUCCUGUCUGAUCACUUUGCAAUUGACUUGCUGUUUUUUUUCCUUCA